CCUUCCUCCCUCAGCUCCUUUUUUCGUAAGUUAGGGCUGUACGGUCCCGCUGUGCCUCUGUCCAAGUGUGCCUCCAUCCCACGGAUGGGUCGAGCUCCAGGAAGCCCAGAAGCAGCAGGAUUUUGUUAAAUUUCUUAACCCGUUCUUUUGCUUCCAUCUGCUGGUCAAAUUCAACUAGAGUAAGAGAGACUGUAGGGCUGCACUGCGGGACUGCUACAAACCUUUCCCACAAAGGUGUUGGGUGCUGUGAAUGCAUACACAAAUCCCUGUUCCCACUGUGCAUGAAUAGGACGGGAUUGCUCACAAAAAAGUAGUUUUGGGAGUGGUUCUGGAACUGUGUUUUAGGUUAUGUCGAUGUCUUGGAUUAGUAGAUUAUAUAUUUACCUAGAAAUGGGAACCUCCAGCCCAGUCUAUUUCUAAGCCUUAAAGUGGAUUCAGAUCCCAACCACUGAGAAUGGUGCCCUAAGGUGUGGUGUUGAAAUGGUGUUAAUGUGCAGAAGGAAGACAGGAGGAAAAGGGGUCCGAUUUGUAACUUCACCAAUGGGGAUUUGGGUGGCCCUGGUCCCAAGGCUGGUUUUGACUGCUAAUUGCAGAAAUAUUUGUGGGAAUAGGACCUGGAGCUCCAGAACUCUUCCUUGUGAGCUGUACCACUGGGUUUGGGUUAGUUUGCUUUGUAAGCUGACUUCUCCAUAGCCUUUUGGUACAAUGGAUGUGAAGAUCAGAGUUUACAUUUUGGUUACAGACUAGAGAGGUGUUCAUAUUCUGUAGAGGGGCAGAAGUUUGGAGCCUGCUUUUUUUAAGCCAGUCAGUGACUAAGGAACAACCUGAAGCUGCGAAGAGGAUAUUUUGAUUCUUGCUGAUGAGAUGCGAACAGAAGCUCGUCGAAAAAAUCUCCUCAUUCUAAUUUUGCAUUAUUUAAUGGAGGAAGGGUAUGUUGAUGCUGCAAAUGCUUUGGAACAAGAGACGAAAUUAAGUUUACGUGGCUUUGAAGUUUGUGACAACAUUGAUCUUGAGACAAUUUUGAUGGAAUAUGAAAGCUAUUACUUUGUAAAAUUUCAAAAGUAUCCUAAAAUUACCAAAAAGGUCCUGGACACUGCAGAAAAUAAACAACAGCUGAGAACUGGAGGAAGACCAAGAAGGGCAGCAAGCUCUUCUCAGAAUCUCCCAAGGCUCAAGCAUCAGACAGUGCAACGACCAUUGUCAAAAACUUCACCUGGGAGUACAACAGAAUUUAAAUCAUCCACCAAGGAGAACCCCAAACAGAAUAAUGACAAUGCAGUUACUUUGGAGCAAACUGACUUUGGCUUAAGCAUCUCAGCAAUCAACAAAACUGGAGGAGACAGCACUCACUCAAGAAGGGGCCAAGUGAUUGACUUCCAUGGGAUGAUUCAGGAUGCUGUCAAAGUAUCAUCAAACGGAAUAGCCUUGAACAGCCUUAAUUGUGAUCCAGAUCCUUCAGAACGGUUACUAAAACCCCUUAGUGCUUUUAUUGGCAUGACUGGUGAGAUGAGAGAACUUGCAACAGUUGUAAGCAAAGACAUUUAUCUCCAUAAUCCAAACGUGAAGUGGGAUGAUAUUAUUGGACUGGAUGCAGCUAAAAGGCUCGUCAAGGAAGCAGUUGUUUAUCCCAUAAGGUACCCACAGCUGUUUACUGGCAUUCUGUCUCCUUGGAAAGGAUUAUUGCUGUAUGGACCACCAGGUACUGGAAAAACUUUGCUUGCUAAGGCUGUUGCCACAGAGUGCAAUACAACCUUUUUCAACAUAUCAGCAUCCACCAUUGUCAGCAAAUGGAGGGGUGAUUCAGAAAAACUUGUCCGGGUGUUAUUUGAGCUUGCCCGGUACCAUGCUCCUUCCACAAUUUUCUUGGAUGAGCUGGAGUCAGUUAUGAGUCAAAGAGGCACUGCUUCUGGUGGUGAACAUGAAGGAAGUCGGCGGAUGAAAACAGAAUUACUGGUGCAGAUGGAUGGCUUGGCCCGAUCUGAUGAUCUUGUAUUUGUUUUAGCAGCUUCCAAUCUGCCAUGGGAGUUAGAUUCUGCCAUGCUGCGGCGGUUGGAGAAGAGGAUUUUGGUUGACCUCCCAAGUAAAGAGGCACGGCGGGUGAUGAUCCAGCACUGGCUGCCCCCUCUGAGCAAGAGCGGAGGCGUGGAGCUGAGAACGGAUCUGGACUACAGCUUGCUGGGCCAGGAAACAGAUGGGUACUCCGGCUCAGACAUAAAACUCGUGUGCAAGGAAGCAGCCAUGAGACCAGUGAGGAAAAUCUUCGAUGCUCUUGAAAAUCAUCAGCCAGGUAACAGUAACUUACCCGUGAUCCGAUUAGACACGAUCACAACAGCAGACUUCCUGGAUGUGAUCGCCCAUACCAAGCCAUCAGCAAAGAAUCUAAGCCAGAAGUACACUGCUUGGCAGAGAGAAUUUGAGUCAGUUUGACAAGAAAAAAACCCAAAGAUUGAAAAUUUCCAAGACUUUUGCUAUCCAAAAUGGCAUCACCUUGCCUCCAAAGGAUCAAACAGUGAUGGGGAAGGAAGUGCUGUUGUUUCCAGGAAGGAGAAUGCAGUGAGAAAUGUCAGGGGGAAAUCUUCACUUUCAAAAUUUAAUGGGGAUGGGGGCAGUGUUUGGGUAUUUUUUAUUAGCCAUUUUCAAUGACCACUCAAAAAACAUUCGUCAUGGAAAUAAUGUAAUGGCAGUUGCUAUGUAAUGAAGACUCCAGCCUUAAUUUUAUGUAUAAAGACUUAAGAGAUUG